CAACGCAAAGUCCUCGAGUCGUGUGGGAAGUAAAAUUUUCGUACCGAGUUUUUUAAAUAAGAUUUCUUACCGACGAUAAGAGCAAGAUUAACAAAAUUGCAAAAGGAGGCGUCGCGAGCUUCACCGAGGUCCCUCGGUCGUGAUCCGUUUGGUGAGAUAAUUUUCAGAUUGUAGAAAUAGAAAUGGUUAAUGUCCGGGGGCCAAAAAUAAAUCGAUGCCGGAGUGGGUAACUCGUCGCCCACUGCCAUCAUCAUCAUCAGCAGCAGCAGCAGCAGCAGCAGCAACUCCGGCUUACAUAGCUGCACCGCGUUGUCAGAGAGUCGAUCGAAAACUAAUGAAUCUGCAUUUCCAAUACCGGCAGUAAAAACUUGAAAUUUCAGUGUGAUAUGUCCGGUACCGAAAACGGUCAACAGUAAUAAUAUCGAUGGUAUUAAUUAAAUAAAUGAAAACUAUUUAAAAAAAAAAAAAAAAAAAACCCAAUGACUCAAAAGCGUUUCGAGAGAUAAGAUUAACAUAAUGUAAAACGACGAUUAUUAUAUAUUCAAAUUAUUCUCCAGAACAUGCGGAGAGGAUGCGGAAUAUUAACGAGGUCAUCGAACUUUGAUAUCACCAAACAAUAAUUAUAUAUCUCAACGUCGUGUUCGAGCGAACGAGAGCGAACAUCCCCUAGUCAGGGUGAUAAAAAACGAGCCGAUUUUCCAGUAGUUCGCGGUGCAGGUGGUCGAGCGAAAAAUAGAAACGUACGUCCGUACGUGCGAUUCGGUCAUCGUCGAGUGCCGAUAUAGCGAAGUGGGGAAAGGGGUUGUUUUCAGUUUCUGGUUAAGAUAUGCGGGGGUUGUUUUACCGAAGCGAUGUCGCAACGUCGAUUUUCAGGGGCAACGCGGAUAGAACCGACAAUGAUAAAGUUCAGGGUUUGCCGGUUGGCCGGGGGUGUAUCAUCCGCAGGGUGAAAACGUAGGCGUUGUUGCAGGUUUCGGGGUGGUAUAAGGAAAAAGCCGUUCGUUCGGUUCUUCGGUUGUAGUGAAGUGGAGUGAAUAGUGCGCAGAGGGUGAGAGAGAGAGAGAGAGAGAGGAGAGAGGGUGAAGUACUAGUAGGUAGAGAAGCACAUCCAUUCGUACGUUCCAUAAGUUUGCUAUAGUGGUGGUGGUAUUGGUGGUGGUGGUGGUUGUUCGGUAUAAAGAGCGCAAGCUCGGAAUCGACCGACGAUCGCCAUGGCAACGCCUGGAAUAUAGGAAGACCACCCCAUCUGCCCGACGCGACCAUGCCAGGGAGAAGGUGAUAAACAACGCAACAACAACAGCAAUGAUGUGACAAUAAAUUAUUGAGAAACCAAAAGAGAGAGAGAGAGAGAGAGAGGGAAAAAAAAUAAACCCCGAGAAAACUCGUACGCAAUACAAAUUCUUCUAAAUUUUGCCCCGGGUGGGAUAUUUCUUGGAUCCUCGCUUGAAAAAAGAAGAAGAAGAAGAAGGGGGAAGAGAAAAAAAAAAAAACGAGAAAGAGAAAAAAGAGAAAAAAUUGUGCUUCCUUAAUAGUUAACCGAAAAGAGGUGAUAAAAUUGGUGCCAAAUUGAAAAUCCGAGUGUCAAAUAACGAGGGAGUUAGGGGACGGUGAAGGAAGAAGAGGAGAGACGUCGGCGGCGGAGUCGGAGGAGGAAACGAAGGAUAAAUAAAAGCGAAAGAAAGUAGCUGAAAAAAGCGAGAUAACAGAAAAAAAAAAGAAAGAAAAAAUAAAAAAAUCACAAGCCAAAUAAUAAUACGUGUACCGUACACCUAUAUCGAUAGGGUGGAAUAAAGCUGGGGGAGAGAAAAAGGGAGAGUCCGAAGAGGGAUAUAAAAUGGGCAACAAGCUAUCAUGCAGUUGCGCGCCCUUAAUAAGGAAGGCUUACCGAUACGAGGACUCCCCGUGGCAGGCCGGGGCCAGGGGCGGAGGCGUCGGCAACGUGGGAGGGCGAAGGGGGGACACUGGUCACUUGCUCAGGUGCGGAAGCUUAAGAGAGAGGAAGAGGCUUUGGGCGGAGGUAUUUCACGUGAGUGCGAGCGGAGCUGGUACGGUGAAAUGGCAGCAAGUUUCGGAAGACCUUGUUCCAGUGAAUAUCACCUGCGUACAGGAUUCUCCCGAGUGCAUAUUCCAUAUCACAGCGUACAACAGCCAGGUCGACAAGAUCCUCGACGUCCGGCUCGUUCAACCCGGGACGAGGAUCGGCCAGGCUUCGGAAUGCUUCGUUUACUGGAAGGACACGAUGACCAACGACACUUGGGGACUGAAUUUCACGUCGCCGAUCGACGCCAAACAAUUCAGAGAGUGUUGCUCACCGUCGUUCAAAUUCUCGCGGAAAGCAUCGUCCUCGUAUUCCCUGAAAUUGGAACCGCCGAACAAGCAGAAAAUAAAGACGCGAAGAAAGCCGCUCUCUACACCGGCUUCGCCAAGCCGUUCGAGAGAACCGCAGUGCACGUGCAUGACCCCCGAACAAUUCGCAAGACUUCGAAGCCAGGACCCGCGAUAUCGAGGGAUCUACGGGGCUUCGACGCUACCGAGGACCAUCGGCAGGUCGACGGAGAUGGAAAUGAUACCGGGAAGAGGCGACAAAAUAGGCGCGGCAACGUCCAGCGCAUCUUUGUACGACAACGUGAACAACGCCAACAGCACACCGGGUAAAACACCGAAAUCCGGCGACUCGAUUAAACUGAAAGAAAAGCAACAGCAGAACGAAACCUGCCAGACGACUCCGAAGACUGCAAACGUCGCUACGGGAACAGCGAACGUCGGAUCUCAAAUCGGUAGCCCGGAGGAGAAGUGUUCGUCGGUGUCGCCGAAGAAGGUGGGAAAGCAGAGCCAGGAGACGUCGACUCAGCAGAACGAAACGGAGCGAGAAACUUUAAAAUCGGAAGGUACCCAGGCGGGGGGUACGCUGGCGAAUAAGUCGAUGAGAAAGGAGCAGCUCCAUCAUACGAAAUCGGCCGAUUACACGGAACUGGAGAUGCAGAACGGCAACAUAUUCAACAUUGUCAACAACAACAAUCACGGCGGCUCGAGAAAAUCGAAGAGCAAAAGCACCGACGACAUGAGAAUCGAGAAUGCGCAAAACGGGGGCAUAAGUCUUGAUUCGAACACCCUCAAGCGGAUGCUGAAACCGAUGUCUAGCAUCGACAGUCCCGUGACUUCGCCGGAAAUGACGCGGAAGAGGCACCACCACACCUACCACUACCAUCCCCCCAACAACAACAACCAAAAAUAUUCCAUGUCCGAGACUGAGAACGAGAACUACUCGAAUCCCUACCGAAGUUCGCAUAACAACAAAUUUCAGGCCUCGAGGAGCUCGCACGACGUCGGGAGACAGUACGCCGGAGGCAGAGAGAGGAUGUACUUAGAUUUGGAACAUAAUCGGUGCGCAGGUGACAUGUCGCCGCCGUCGGACAACGUUAUAUUCGACAACCAGUGUUACGCUACGACGCCAAGUUCGUCGAACGGUAAUUCGGACAUGGAGCAGCAGCAGCAGCCGAAUCACUGCAAUUCGAGACGUUGCAUCGGUGCGGGUCAAACAUAUCAGCAGCAAAAUAUGACCUCCGUUUCGACACCCGGGAGUCCGACCAGCAGAUUAUUGUUGGAAUACGAGAUGCACCUGCGUAACACACUGGCGAAGGGCAUGGACGCCGAGAGCUACAGUCUCCACACCUUCGAGGCCCUGCUCACCCAGAGCAUGGAAAAUUUAGAAUUCGCAGAAAAUAUACCGCUGAAUGUACAACGCACACCGCACGUUUCGAGGAGACGACCGAAUUCCAACAAAUCUUCCACGCUGCCGCUUUCGUAUCGUUACUGCAACGAACGACAGAACAGCAAAGAUCGCGACGGAUAUUACAGCGAUCGAAAUGAGAUUAUUCGAGAAAAACGGGAACGGGACGCCGAUCGGGACAGAGGAUACCUCAGCGAUUACAAUUCGCGAUGCGCGUCCUGCAUCGACGAGUCAGCCCGAGCCCAAUGGUUCCGUCACUCGGACGGUUGGCAAUCGGGAAGUUCUACCCUCGGUUCCGGGGCAUCGAAUUCCGGAAAUCAGGGAUAUUCGGGUCACAAAAGGUCGCCGUGGGAUUCCCUGCCAUCACUGAGACACGAGGGUAGCCUGAACGACAGCGGUUACAAAUCGAACCGAACGGAUUCGAUGGAGCAGAGGGGUACUUUCGAUCGACAGGAUAGCGUUAGGUCGGAUUACAUGUCCGAUAGAGAGGGGAGAUACGGAAUCGUUCAACAAGCGUCUCUGGAAAGUACCGAUUCGAGACUUUGCUAUCUUACAUCGUCCGAGAUGUCGGACGACGACCGUAUGUCAUUGACGACGGCGGUGAGCGACGACGACGACGGCGAGAGCGUGAUAAAUUCGCCGUACAGAGGAAAGCAGACCGGUACGGCGGCCGCGUCUUUCAACUGCACGGGUGCCGUCCGAAAAGCAGGAUUUUUGAGCGUCAAGAAAUGGCUCCUCCGCAAAAAGCAUCAGAUCGAAUUGGCCAGAAAACGGGGUUGGAAGGGCUAUUGGGUCUGUCUGAAGGGUACAACGCUACUAUUUUACCCUUGCGAUUCACACGAGAGCAGAUCCGUUGAGGCUGCUCCCAAGCAUCUGAUAAUCGUCGACGGUGCGAUUAUGCAACCCAUACCGGAACACCCGAAAAGAGAUUACAUCUUUUGCCUGAGCACGGCCUUCGGAGACGCUUAUCUCUUCCAGGCACCGUGUCAAGUGGAGUUGGAAAAUUGGGUGAACAGUAUUCACUCGGCGUGUGCGGCGGCGUUCGCACGUCACCGCGGAAAAACCGGCACCCUUCAUUUGCUUCAGGAGGAAAUAUUCCGAUUGGAAAAAGCUAUAGAGUCGGAUCACAAGUUAAAACACAUGGCGGAUUUACAGCAAUCCGUGGUAUCCGACGUGGAGACGAAACAGCAAAUAAACAACCAGAUCGUACAGUGGGAGGAAAAUCUCGAGAGACUGCAUUGCGAACAAUUCAGACUGAGGUGCUACAUGGCCAGUUUGCAAAGCGGGGAAUUACCCAAUCCGAAGAGUCUUCUAACGCACGUAUCCCGGGCGACGAAGCAGACCCUGAACAAACUCGGGGUUUUCACGGUCUCGUCGUUCCACGCUUUCAUAUGCGCCAGAAGUCCCUCGUUGUUGAACAAUUUGUUGGCCGGUCGCGGAGCGACGAAGAGACGACCCCCUUUGCUGUCGAGGUCGAACAGCAGUUCCAGCAAGAGGUCACUGCAGAUAUCGUCGAGGGAUGAGGAGAAAACCGUCAAAGUAUCCGUGCCGGAAAACCAGGUAACAAAUAACCAACUGGUCUCGGUGUUCCUGCGGGACGCGAUGUCCGUCGAAGAAUUCUUGGCCAGCGCGUGCAGCAGAAAGGGUCUCAAUCCGAUGGAGCAUUUCGUGAGGGUGAAAAAACGGCGGGACAUGGAAGACCACAAUUAUUUCGUGCCCCACAGAACGGACCUGAUCGAGACCUACUUGCACACCCACGAGAUCGUCGAGGUGUGCGCGAAAAUUCUCUACCAAGUCGAGCUGCAGCGUAACACGUUGGACCAAAUGUGGGGAUUUUCGGUGGAGGCGGAGCUGAUAGAAAAUUCGGACAGGCAGGACGAAUUGUGCUGUUACGUGAGCAGAGUAGAGGACAAAAGUGUGGCGAUGCAGAACGGCAUAAUAAAAAGCGACGAGAUAAUGGUGAUAAACGGGGCGAUAGUGAGCGACUUGGACAUGAUGUACCUGGAGAGCGUUCUGCAAGAAGAAUUGGCCCUCUGCAUGAUGAUGCGAUCCUCGAGAACCGAGCCACCGGAUUUAUCCGGUAUAAUCCGAGUCACCGACGACAUCAUCGAGAGUCUGGUCUGUCCCCCGCCUCCCUCCGAUCCCCCGGUCAUCAGCGAGGAGAUGAUAUCCGGUCUGAUUGUUCCGGCGCCGGGAUGGAGCAAGGAAGGGAUGCUGCAGGAAUGCCCGUCGGUAUCGCACAUGGAGAACGGAAAGCAAACGUCGCGAACGAAUUCUUUCGAGAUAGAAAAUUUACUGAAAACCGCCGAACAAGUUACCGGGUUCUGCCGAUCGCCCGGAGAAACCAGAAAAUCAAGCCCCACCGGAAGCGUUGUUAGCUCACAUUCACAGGCGCUUACACCCAGCCGGCAACUCAGCGAUGCUGAAAAACUGAAAAAAGUCAUUUUGGAAUUGAUAGAUACCGAACGGACUUAUGUAAAGAAUUUAAAUAAUUUGCUGGAAAACUAUCUAGAGCCCCUGAAGCGAGAAACAUUUUUAUCGAACGCAGAAAUAAACGCCUUGUUCGGAAACAUACAAGAAAUUGUUACCUUCCAAAGGCAAUUUUUGCAAAAUUUGGAUCACGCAAUCGAAAUGGAAUCGGAUUUCAAUAAUUUCGAUCACCCGAGUCAAUUCAAGGGGGUCCUGUUUUCCAUCGGAAGUGCCUUUUUGUAUUAUGUAAACCACUUCAAAUUAUACAGUUCAUUUUGCGCUAGUCACUCGAAGGCUCAGAAAGUUUUACAUCCCAACGAAGGCAAUCAAGCGCUGCAGGAAUUUUUAUCGGCGAGAAAUCCUCGCCAGCAACAUUCGUCGACCCUCGAAUCUUACCUGAUAAAACCGAUUCAGCGAAUCUUAAAAUAUCCUCUUCUGCUACAGCAGCUCAGAAAUCUCACCGACGAGCACAGCGAGGAGCACGAGCACUUGAUCGAGGCUCUGAAGGGGAUGGAAAAGGUAGCUGAGCACAUAAACGAAAUGCAACGAAUUCACGAAGAGUACGGAGCAAUUUUUGAUCACCUUUUCAGACAGCAUCAAAAAUCGUGCAAACAGCCGAUCGAUUUGAGCCCCGGCGAUCUUCUUUACUACGGCGGCGUCGAAUGGUUGAACAUUUCAGAUUUUUUGGGAAAAAUAAAAAAAGGAUUGGAGCUGCACGCUAUGUGCUUCGUGUUCAAAUCCGCUGUCGUAUUCCUCUGCAAGGAGAGACUCAGACAGAAGAAAAAAUUGAUGGGUGUUUCAACGAAGGCCAAUUCUAGCGAGGUAGAGAUAAUAAGAUAUCAAGUUUUGAUACCUGUAACCGAAGUCCAGGUCCGCGCGAGCUCCGCCAAGGACAUGGAGUCCCAUUUCCUGUGGGAAUUGAUCCACCUGAGGAGCCAGUUGCAGCGACGAUCUGAAAAAGUUUACGUCUUGUCAAACAGCACGACGGACUUCCGUAACGCGUUCCUGAAAACGAUUCGUCAGAUAAUUCGCGAAUCCGUUAGGAACAUGAGCAUACCGUCUACUAAGCAGAACAUGUCUCAACCGUCGAUGUCGAUAUCGCCCCGGAUGUCCACCGGCCACGUGGAAAAGUACGAGAAACCGACGAGUCAAGGUCAAUCGCAAAACGGCAACGGUACGGUGUCGAAGAAAAGCGUUAAACAGCAAUUGCUCGCUAAUCAGCACAACGUGAAACGGAAGUACAGCCAAUCGAAGCACAGCGUCGACCACGAAAGUUCGGAGGACAAAGACUUCGAAGAGGCUCAAACGACAACGUCGUCCGCCGCAUCGACAACAACGAUAACAACGUCGUCCGCAUCGACAACCUCCACGAAUCCCACAACCUUUCGAUCGAGGAGCAAAACCAUCAGCGACAGCUCCGGAGUAGCGGGUACUGUUUUAAUUACAGGUGAGAUAAAGGUAGACAUGGAGUCGGGUACAAAGUCAGAAGGCGAAGAGGACUCGCAGGCUUUUUUAGGCGAGAAAAAAACGACUCUAGGGCGAACGCCGAAUCAUUUGACAUUGAGUACGACAUCCACAAUAUCCGCCGGAAGCACCGGUAGUCAAGCGCGUCUCAUACAGUCCUCUCAUCAGCCCGAGAACUACCAGCCGAUUACCGUCAAAGAACUCGGUUCGCCGAUUUGGAAGCCGAGAGAGCUGCCGUCGAUGGGUGAAGCGACAACUUUGCCGCGGAAGGGUAAGUCGGCUGGGGAGUUCGCGGACAUGUCAUCUGCUCACAGCGCAUCCCGUAAAUCUCUCAUAGAAAUUAAUAAUUGUGCUCAACAAUCUAACUUUAAUAAUCACGUAUAAGUUAAAAAUUAAAUUAAACAAAAACCGAGGGAGAAAAAUAAGAGAAAAAAAAAAAAAAACUUUUACAUUAUAUUCAUCAUUAACGUCAUUAUUGUUACUGUUAAUUAUUAUUGAUAUUAUUUUUUAUCAACGAUUAUCCAUUACUUGACACACGACACACAUAUUAUACAUACCACACACGCAGCAGACACGUAACAUAUGUAACGUCGAAUAUUAACGUUUAUCAUAUACUAUAUAUUAUAUAAUAUAUAUAGAUAUAUAUAUACAUAUAUACAUAUAUACAUAUAUUAUAUAUAAAUAGCGCAUAAUUAAACCGGAAUAAAUUUUACGACGAUUAAUUAUUCAAAUUAGGUAUAAAUUAUGAAAACAAAGCAGAAAAAAAAAAAAAAAUUUAUUAACGAAUAUUUAUUAUUAUGUUUGCUGUCCGAGAAAAUAUUUAUAUAGUAUCAUACCUACUUAAUAUCUCACUACGUCUGUGACUACGUUCACGCUUGAUAAUUAUUUUGAAAAUAUUUUACCUCUUCUUUUCUUUAUCGAUUCGAAUUUUGUUUAAUAUCUUAGCUACACAUAUUAUCCAAAAAUAUAUGAUAUAUACAUACAUAACUCAAUUUAAUUUAAUUGAUUAAUAAAUGACGGUGUCUCAUGAAUAAUGAAAUCGGAUGAGAAAAAAAAAAGACAAGAGAAAACUUGUAAUAACGACGACGAUAACCUUUGAUUAAAUUAUUAUCAAAUAUUAUAAUACGAUGCAGUUGCGCGCAACGAGUUUACGGGUUUUCUUAUAAUAUACAUAUUACAUACAUACAUAGGAUAUUUAUGAGAAAUAAUAAUAAUACAGGGUCCUAAUACUUGUUAGUUGAAAGAGAGAGAAAAAAAAAUCUAAAAAGAUAAAAAAAAGAUUAAAUUAAUAGAGAAAUAGGCAUCGCAAUUGAUAUGUGUUAAAAGAGAACAAUUUGAAGGAAAUAAAGGAAGAAAAAAACUGUAGCACUCUUUUUGUUUCAUAAUAAUUAUAAAUGAUUAAAAAAUAAUAAUAAUUAUAAUGAAAAGGAUUAAAAUUAUGAUGAACGGUUUGUAGAACCAAAUCCACUCUCUUCCGCGUAUACAUUGAUAUUGAUAUAUAGAUAUAUGACAGAUAUUUCAUAUAUUAUUAAUUAUUAAUCGUUAAUUAAUUGAAAUUAUAACAUAUGUUGUUUGAAAAAAAAUACGUGAUCUCGUUUAUUAUUAAUGAUUUGAAGGUAUGAAAAACCGUACAUCGAGAAAUCCAGACUUCUCUGCAGCAGACAAGAAUUGUAAAACAAAAGAGAACCAAAUUUUCAAAAUCGUCAGCGUGAAAUUGUAAAAAUCAAAUAAGGUAUACCUGUAUCAGUAUACCGAUUAUUUUCCAAUUUUAUUUUCAACGAUUCAUUGAAAUACAAUACAUAUAUACAUAUUAUAUAAUAUAUAUAUGUAUAGGCGUGAACGUAUCGCGUAUAUGUUGUUACCUGUAUUUAAAAAAUAUGAUAUAUUACAUAUGCAAUACCUGUGCAAUGUAUAAUAUAAUAUUUAUACAAAAUUCUUCUUUUCUCGGUCAGCAAGUGCAAAGAAAAAAAAAAAAAGAACUUUAACGAAAUUGAAGAUGCAAGAAAAAGAAAAAAAAUAUUAAAAAAAAGAAAAAGAACGACAAGUUAAAUUUACAAAACAAUUUAAUCAACCUCUGUAUAUAUAAAUAUAUUAUAUACUAUAUCUAUAGACUACUUAAUGUAAUAAAUAAUUAGGAUAUUAUUACAAAAUCAAUAAGAGAACGCGAGUAGGAUAAUAUAAAAAAGCAGCGACUUAGACGAAUUAAAGAUGAAAAAAAUGACAAAAAACCAAAAAAAAAAAAACAACUAUGUAAUUGAAAUCAACGUGAAAGAAUAUUAAAUAACGAUAUUAAAAAAAAAAUACAUAUACAUAUAUACAUAUAUAUAUACAGUAUAUAUAAGAUGAAAUAAUUUGAAGCAAAUAAUCGCGAGAAAAAAAAAACUGAAAAAUCAAUUACACAUAAAGUAUAUAAAAUGGUACAUAAUUAUAUAGACGAAAGGAGACAAAGAGAAAAGAGAGAGAGAAAAAACCAAAAAAAAAGUUAUGAAAUAAUUAAAUUACAACACAUUGCAUACAAUUUCAGUAAGAGAAAUUAUCGUCAUAAUUUGUGUUGAAAAUGAUUUAUCAUUAUUAUAUGGGUUGUUUAAAUUCGAAAUUAAGUAAACGUGAGAAAAAAUAUGGGAGAAGAAGGAAUGAAAAAUUAAAAACUAAUAAACAAAAAAAGAAAACGAUGAAAAAACCUGAAUUUAUAAAACGUGAACUAUCUACACGCCGUGCCUUGCGUUAAGAUUGAACAAUUUCAACGUAUAGCUAAUUUUUAUUUUUAACAUUACUUAAGGUACGAGAUGAAUUUAAGGGAGAGAAAAAAAAAUUGAAAAAAAAAAAAAAUGCAAAAGAAAAAGAGCAAAAAAAAGAACCAAGAAAAACGAAAGGGUUUAAACUUAGCCAAGGCGCAAUAUAUUACGUAUUAUCAUUGUCAUUACCGUUGUUGUUAUCAUUAAUUACCACCAUUAUUAUUAUUGUCAUUAUUAAUAUCAUUGUUUCUGUUAUUACUGUUGUUAAAAUUGGGCCAAAACUGAUAAAUUAUUAUCGUAUAGGUAUACUAUGCAAAUGUAUAAAAUAAUGUACGCGCGGUGUAUUCGCUCACUUGGGAAAAACAUAUGAUUCGUGAAUGUAGUAAUAUGAAUAUUAUAUGAUAUGUAUUAUAUUAUUUAAUGUCUAUUAUAAAUACAUAUAUAUAUAUACAAAUACUUGCAUAGAUUUUUUUUUAUCGCGUAGUAACCGGGCGUACAUAAAUCUAGGUAAACGUGUACACCAGAUACCGGUGCACAAUUGGAGAAUACGAGCGAUUUUGACGGGACGAAAAAUCGAAUGAAAAGAAUUUCGAAAUCGUAAAUACAUAUACACAUAUACAUAUAUAUAUAUAUGUAUUCAUACGAUCUGUAAUUAUUGUUAUUCCGAUUAUUUAAUAAUGUUUAAAUUCUUGUUGAGUUUUUCUAAUAUCAUUAGCACGAUGCUGAUGCGGUGGAUGAUUUACCCUUGACUGUAAUAUUGAUUGACAGUAAAUAAUAUAUACCAAUAUAUAUGUAUAUAUAAUAUAUGUAUAUACCUCACGGUAUAUCGGGGGAUAAAUACCUAAUUCAUGUAAAUUAGACAACAGAAAGUAUCCGUAUAUAGAAAGAAGAAGAAAAAAGGUGAAAAAAAACCCAAAAAAAUUGAAAGGAAUAAAACUACAUUAAUGAUAAAAUAAUAUACAAUAAAAUAAAGAAAAUUAUAUAUAUAUAAUAUUAAUUAUAUAUAUAUAUAUAUAUACAUAUGUAUGAUGUAUGAUAUAUAUCGCGGUUGGGUUUUAUGAUAUUAUAUGUAUGUUAUAUAUAUAAUGUAUAUAUUAUAUAUCGAUACAUAUUCAACCACGCACGAUCAUAAUUGAAUAAUUAAUUAAUUAUUAUGUUAUAUAGAUACAUAUAUAAAUGGAUAUAUGAUAAUUAAUGUAAUAAUUAAUUUAACGCAUAAACGCUCAAAGGAUAUAUACGUAUAUACAUAUAGAUAUAUUAUAUAUAUAUUAUGUAUAACUGCGAUCAUUUUCGAAUCGAUCGGUUAUUUACAAUCUACACAGAUAAACAUAUUAAUUAAUAAUCCGAAAUAACGAUGAUUUUGUACUAGGUAUUGUAUCAAACAUGCAUUACUAUACUUUAUCAAUGAGAAUAUUAAUUGAAUGACAUUUCAAAAUUAAUUUGAAUAUUUAAUUUUCAUUUUAUUCCUCAUAUAUUACGAUAGGGUGAUAUGAAAUAUGAUAAACGACACGCAUUCAUUUCUGCUUCGACAAAACUCUUCGAUCAUUAAUUUUUUCUGUUAAUUGAUCAAUUAAUUGGAUAUUAGUUUUUCCAUUAAUUGCAUAGACUAUUUUUUUGAUCACAUAAUGACAUCGAUCAGAUACAUGUAUCUCAAGUAUUUCUUGUUGUCAUUUUUUUUUAGACAUUUUUCUUCUCCUCUCAGCAGCUUGAAUAAUUGAACGUGUAAAUUUUGAACAAAUUAAUAAUUUCAUCAGCGCGUGUCGUUUUCAAUUAAUACAUAUAUAUAAGAAAUAAAAAGAUGAUUAUAAUGACUAUUACAAUAAAGAGAUGUAACUGAGACGAAAGUUUGGUUUUUCAUAUGAUUUUCUUACGCACGUACGUAUACAUAUAUUCCUUGAUCUUAUCAAAUUUUUGACUCACUGCAAUAAAAUUGAAAAAUAGACCAAUUAAGAGCUUUUUCUUUAUCGCAAAUUAAUUAUCUCUUUUCGUAGUCAUUUUCUUUUUUAGCAGAGUAGAUAAAAAAUGGAAACAAUCAAAUAAAAACCAAAAAAAAAACAUGGGGAUCAAGGUAUACAUAUAAUAUGUAAAAGGAAGAGCUCGUGAAUUAACGAAAAAUUGAUCGAGAAGAAAAAAAAAAAUCAAAAAUCAAAGAGAUGGUAAUGAAAAAAAAAAUCGAAUAGAGUGAGUUUCGUGCGUGGUUAAAAAUUGAGGGAGAAGAUUUCUUAUAUAUAAUAUAUAUAUAUUAUAUUACAUGAUAUGCAUAGCCUUCCAUAGUGAAUAAUUGAAUAGAUAAUCAUAAAUCGGAAGAGAAAAGUAAAUGAAAUUAGUUAAUGAAUAAAUGAUUGAAUAUAAAAUGAAUAAAUAAAAGUUCCGAUGAUCAAACGACACGAUUAUAUGUAUAACACGUAUAAGUAUAAUGAUGAAUAUUAUAGGUAUACAUAGGUCUGUAAGGUCGUUUAAAUGUAAUAUUGAUGGAUGACAUGUUACUUAACAAUAAUAAUAAAUGACGAGAUAUAAUAUACGUACACGUUAGGGUGAUUUUUUUUUUCUUUUUUCUUUAAUCCCCACCUGAAAUUUCGUUCAAUAUGUCGAAAUAGAAGUUCCCUGAAAGUUUCAGCCCUUAAUAUCGAUUCAUAGAAAUUUUAUAUCACAAGUAAGUUAAAGCUCAAUAUCUCAAGAAAUCUUGAUCAGAGAAAUUAGGUCUGGAGGACCUUUUUUGUAGGUAACUAAAUUUCCAACAAAAUUUCCUCAUACAUUCUCUCGGUCAAUUUGACCCAUUCGGAGAUAACAGCGAAAAAACGAGAACUGCCCAAAUGUUAUAGAACUUUGAAGAAAAAAACUUGAUUCACGUGCUUUUCAACUGGUAAAUCUCUCCACUUUCGGGGAAAAUAUUUGAAAUCAUUCAUAAGGUCUGAAACUUUCAGAGAAUUUCCUUUUCCGACAUAUUUAACAAAAGUUCAGGUGGUAAUCGAAAAAAGAAAUCGUCGAAACCAAAAAUCACCCUAAUACACGUACAUACACGAAUGACGUAUAUAUUAUAUCAUUGGGUAUUUCGCAAGCAUCUUAUAUCACAGAAAAGAAAAUUGAAAUAAGAUUCAAAAAAAUUAUAUAAACAUUAAUUUUAGUUGCUCGGAACUUUUUUUCCGUCAAAUGAUCAACUUAUUACUAUCGUCGUUAUAAUAUUAUCGACGCAUAACGAAUCCAUUCGAUAUCUUUUCAAUACUUGGAAUCAUGAACUUUCAAACUUUCCUUUUCUUCUUUUUUCGUUCCAAUUCAUAGAUAAUGAUUGUUGAUCGAGAGAGUACGGGUAUUAACUAUUUCUGUGAUUACUAUCUGAUGUCAUUUCUAGCACUGUUAAUCAUUUUUAUUCUCUCUUAUCUUCUACGGUUUUUGUGCUCAUCGGUUUGAUGAAUUUCGCAUUUUUUUUUUAUACUCAUUUCCGAAAACCGUCGCGAAAAUUUUUCUGAUCACAGAUAUAAAGACUUUUCAGAUAACAUAGCUGUAUGAAAAAAAAUCAUUCUUUCUACUUUCAUUCGUCUCCGUUUUCUUUUUACAAAAAUUUUUAGAAAAAUCUCUCGAUCAUCGAUACCAAAAAUACCGAACUCAUACUCAAUGUCAUUUUAUACAGUUGGCCUAUACAUAAUAAUAACAACAAUAAUAAUAACAAUAACAAUAACAACAAUAAUAAUAAUAAUAUUAAAUGAAUUUUCGCAUUAAUGAUGUAAAUAUUUUUUGAUGUCGAAAAUUUUUUUUUUCCCCCCCUUCAACAUUUUCAAUUUUCUUUUCUUCUACUGUAAUAUUUUGGAAACGAUGUAUACAGUUAUAUUAUUACUUAUAUACUGCAGUGAGAAAAUUAUUAUUUUGAGAUCCGCGUGCGGGAGAAUGAGAAAAAAAGUAAGAUAAAA